CGCCUUUUUUCUUUGCAUCUACUGCUAAGUGGUACCAAAAUUCUUGGCUGGAGCGCCAGUGAAAGAUUUUUCAUGUGGUAAUCAACGUGAAGAUUUCUGUCUUUGUGCAGCCGGCAGCCAGACCCAGUUUUUUAGUUCACUAGGCUUUGUAACCAUGGAAGCUGUGGACCAAGUACUAAAUACCUAUAUGCUUUCUUGGCUGGGACCAAGAGAUGCCAGAGUUCAAGGGUGGUUUCUUCUUAAUAGCUAUCUUCCUUCUUUUUUCUGCACUGUCUUAUAUCUACUCGUCGUAUGGCUAGGACCAAAAUACAUGAGAAACAAGCAGCCGUUCUCUUGCAGAAAUCUUCUAGUGGUCUAUAAUCUCGGAUUAACGUUGCUGUCUAUGUAUAUGUUCUAUGAGUUAUUGACAGGAGUAUGGCAAGGAGGGUACAGCUUCAUCUGUCAAGACACCCACAGUGGAGGGGAAAGUGAUCAAAAGAUUAUGCGAAUCUUGUGGUGGUACUACUUCUCCAAGCUUAUAGAGUUCAUGGACACAUUAUUCUUUGUUUUACGAAAGAACUUCCACCAAAUUACUGUUCUGCAUGUCUACCAUCAUGCAACCAUGCUUAACAUCUGGUGGUUUGUAAUGAACUGGGUGCCUUGUGGACAUUCAUUUUUUGGUGCCACACUCAACAGCUUUAUUCAUAUCUGGAUGUAUUCUUACUAUGGACUUUCAGCCAUCCCUGCUACGCGACCAUAUCUUUGGUGGAAGAAAUACCUAACUCAGGGACAGCUGAUUCAGUUUGUGCUGACAAUUAUCCAGACUGCCUGUGGUGUCAUUUGGCCCUGUGGAUUCUCUCUUGGCUGGCUGUAUUUUCAGAUCGGCUACAUGAUUUCACUGAUUGUUCUCUUCAGCAACUUCUAUAUCCAGACAUACACAGCCAAAUCAUCGAGACGGAAAGAAUAUCAGAACGGGUCUGCAACAGCUGUGAACGGACACCCAAAUGGCUUUUCUUCCUUAGAGAACAAUGUGAAACAAAGAAAACAGAGACAUGAUUGAAGGCCACUCUGAGAAGUCUCCCACAGUUUAGGAGAGUGUCUUAUUGUGAGCACAAAAGUUGUGGAAUAAUAUUCUGAAGGUAUUCCAGUUUUAGCUUAGCCACAUAAUCAGAUUAAAUGUAGGAGUAUACAAAAGCAGAAUUCAAAUUUCUGAAAUAUUUCUGAUCAGUUUCAUACUUGUUAUUGGUCCAGUACACAACUUGAGCCUGCGUCAGACUGCAUAAAGCCAGUCCUCCUCCUUAUAACUUAAUACAGCUGUUGCCUUACUAGUUAGUCUGUGUUUAGGUGCUAAAAUCUGUAUUUUGUGCUGGAAGCAUUCGUGUGUCAAAGCUGUACAUGUCAUUGAGGUGCAUUCUGAUUAAUUUGUUUACCUAAAUUCAGUUUUUAUCUUGAUAAUUUUACAAUAUAUGUAUUUGUUUUGUCCUUUAUCUAGCCUGCUGUACUGGACAUUUUAAAGGAAGUGGCAUUGAUGAAAUAUCCAUCUAGUUUUCCUGGCAGUCCAUAGUCUAACAGUAGCUGCAAUGUCCUCACACUAGUAGUGUGAUGUCAAACAUGUCAGUGGCUUUUUGCUGAAGUUUGCAGAGCCAUAUGUCUGUGGUCAUUUUCCAAGCUAGCGUGGUCAGGCACCAGGACUGCACAUGAUCAUAUGGCCACUUGCUAAUUGGUGUUUCAGACUGAAGGCAGUCAUGGUUGUUUGGGAGAUCGUUGUUUGAUCCAUUAAGUAUCAGUAUGCACUGUGCUAGGGAGAACUAAGGACAGAAUAAUACUUAGUCACCAAAAUACGCAGCUUGCAUAGUACCUCAAAAUAAUUUCCCACUAAGAGGUAGAGUUUUGACACAUGGGUGAUUCUUUUUAAAAAUGAUAAUCCUUCUAGUUUGACUUUUAUUUUAAUUGUAGAUUAAAUGUGUAGUUGUAAAGUGUUUGUACAAGAUGUUUUUUCAAUAGAAAUGCGAGCACAUAUGCCUUAAAGUAAAAUAGCAGGGCCCAAAGUUUAUAGCAACAUAGUCUGAACUGUAUUGGCCUUUCAUACCAUGUCAAAAUCCUUCUAAUCAUGCACCAUGUGAAAGAUCCAGUGAGCAGUACUGACCAUAGUAAUGUGUUUUACAAGAUGCUGUACAGCGGAAUGUUAUGCGAUAUUGCACUAUGUCUUGGAAUAAGCAGCUACAUCACCAGAUCAUGGAAAUUUCAGUGGUCAGUUGAAGAGACAUCUAGAACCCCUGCAGUGUCCCAGAGUGUACUGUUGCCCUAGGGUUUUGUCCAUGUUCCAGUACCUACUCUGUCUCCUUUGAGUUCCAUUACAUGAAGUUAUUUUUCUGCCCAUACACUGCGUAACACGAUGAGUUUGUCUCCCCAAUGUUGUUUUAUGUUUAAAAAAGAAAUUGUGAUAUAGUGUGCAACUCCUUUUCAUGCCAGACAUUAUUGUUUUAGCUGAUUAAUUUAGGUAUCUCAGUCAGCAGUAUUUGUUUUGUAGGGAUUUUGGUUCAUUAAUCAUAUUUAUGCACACACCCAUCAGUUUGCCUUAUGUUUUUACAGUGAGCCUGUCUAAACACAUUUAUUUUGGAAAAUGUCAUCUCUAUCUCAUUUAGGUCGGUAACCUAUUCUGAUGUUUCUGGGGCUGAUCAUUCACAGCAUGUUACCCUGCAUUCCUUAUUUCUAGUUAUUUGAGGCCAUCUUAGGUUCUUUGCUUGACCUUAUGUCUAACAUGGUGCUAUGUAAUAUUGUGCAUAGCUGCAGUCAUCAAACAACACACGCACUUUAGCAUUCCUGUUCUUUACUUUAUUAGAGAGUGUAAAGGGGACAGUAGAAGAGGAAAUAUUUAAAAAAUGCAGUGCAUAAUUAAAAUGAACCUGCAAUUAAACACAAAAUAUGUACAGUUGUGAUUUAGUUGUUGGGACUAUAGCCAAAACGUGUAGUGGUGUCCAUGGAAACUGAAAAUCAAAUGCAAAGUGUUUUGUUGUGUUUAGUGCAGUAUCAAAGUUAAUGGCAGAAAAUUAGUUAAUGUGAUUUUAAAAAUGUAAAGAAAUAGAGGACCAUACAGUAGCUGUCUUGAGUGAUCCCUGAUAAAGGUUUACUCACAGCACUUGCAUAACUCUGAGCUAUAAUUUAAUGUUUUCCAGAGCUAAAACUAAAAUUGGUCAUUUGUGAUCACUGCUGUACCCCACUUAAUUCUAAAUAAAUAAACUAGAUAGUUCUGUCACAUAGCUUGGAUGCCAAAUCGUUGGCUUAUCAAUGUGCACAUUUUAACAUUCUCAUUGUACCCUUUGUCCUUAAUACCUUUUUUGUUGACAGUUUAAGCCUGCUUCAUUAAAACAACUGGUUUCACAGGCAAACGACUGCUUACUUUAAUAAAUGUUAAAAAUAAUGUUUUUCUUUGUAUGAGGUUCAGUAAUGCUUUAUUCACAAACUGCUAACUGCUGAAGUCUUUCCACUAACACAGGACCUGCUUCUUAGAUGGUUCUUCCAUCCAUUGUGGAUAUUUCAAACCAAUGAGCUCUGUAAUCACCAUUUGGAAAUGAUUUCCAAACAAGGCAGCCUCUCGCUUGUGCUAGAGGGGUGGCAUAGCAGCUGAUAUUCAUUAACAGUCUGUUGUGGACUAGUAAAAUAUGGGCAUUUGCAUAAGCUUAGAAUUUGUCACUUAAUUUCUUGUUUUACUGAGUCAUCCAAAUAGCUGCACCAGUGCAAAGAUGUAAUUUUCUAGUUCACGUAUCUGUGAGCAAUUCACCUACUAAUUUGGCGCCAGCAUUCCUUUAAGCGAGAUUACUUUACUGUGGGUCUGAAGGAGUGGGGGAGGGGACAAUCAGAACAAAGGCUGAUAGUGCAAUGAACAUCUGCAUAAGCAUGUGCAAUAUAAACUGAUACCGACGAGAUGGUCAGAAUGUGGCUGGUGUGUAUUUAAAUGAACAUUAUAACUUAGUCAUUGCAAUGAACUGUGCUCCCACUGUAAAAAUAUAUUCAGUUAGUGUACAGAAUUUUAGUAGUGUUCCUGGCAGAAAAAAAAGUUUUAUUAUUUUGAUUAUUUUGUACAUGUAUGCACCCUAAAAUAAGAAUAAAAGACAACCCUUACUUUUUGAGUUUCUAUACAAGAGUACUAAUAGUUAUCUUAUUAAAUGUAGUGAUUGCAGUUUAUUAAAGGGAAAUCCAUUUGCUUGUGGGAGUCCAGGAAGAUUGAUAUGUACUGAUUACACUUUACAAAUGGAAGUAAUUUGGGUGUGAGAGUUAAGAAUGAUUUUUUUGAAGUUAAAGAUUGAGUGCGUUGACUGUAUAGGAGGUCACGGUGUGUGAAAAACAGGGUCAGCCUCCUUCUGACACUCUCUUGUUUAGUUAUGUGAAUAUCCUGUUUCUGGCAUUUUUUCUGAAGCACAGAAAGUUAUGGUGAAAUAAAUGGUUAGUGUAUUUGAAAUUAUAAUGGCAGGCAUCAUUGGAUAACUAAUUAUGUACUACUGAUGUCCUUUAUAUUAUUCCUUUGCCUGCGAUUUAGCUGCAUGGCUCCUGAACAUCAUGCAAGAAUGCAGACUUUUUACUUUUUUCAUAGGUUCAUAGGCAUGUACUAGGCUAAUGACCACAGGGGCCUUUUUAAGCCUAGCCAUGCAUCCCAAAUCUGACAAGUUCUGAUACCCUCUGUAACUCUUUUUUUACCAUUUCUUUCUGAUCCUUGAUAGAUACCAUCAUUUUCUGCCCAUGAACAGUGUAGCUUUUGUUUUAGUUUCUUUAUUAACAGACAAAAAAUAGACUUAUACUUUCCUUUAGAUCCCAGAUACUGAAGACUUACAGACUGCUUUCUGCCAGUCCAUGCUGAGAAGUUGUAAACCCUCCACUGUCUUUCAUGGCCCUUUGGUUGGAUAUAUUUUUUCAUCCUUUGCCUAUAGGUCAUGCAUAUUUCUUCCUGCUGUGUUUUAGUGGCUAUUUCCUUUCUAUGCAUAAUAUGGUAGCUGUAUCUUCUGCAAUCUGGAUAGCUUCCUCUACAAACAUCCUUUCCUGUUCUGCUGUACUUUGCCAAUAUUCUUUGUUCAGUAUUGCAACAUGCUUUUUUUCUUUUUGUAAUUCAGGUUUCCACACUGACCUAAAGGUUAUUUGCAGUUGUCAGUAGUGUUUAAGAUUGACUCCUUUUAAUAUCUUCUUAUAUUAUUAAUGUUGAUUUCCUGCUCUGUUUACAGUGCACCUAUACUGCAGAUGUUGGCUUUUAACCAUUUUUUUUAGUUAAAUCUCCCCACAACUGUAAUUUUACUGUAUGGAACUUUUAAGUGCAUCUGUCAGGUUUUAUUUUGGGGAAGGAGCAAGACUAACACAAGUGCCCUCUCCGAAGCUGUGGUGCUUGCCCAAGGCCUAGCUUGUUAAUUUCUGACAUCUGUCCCUGGCCUUUUCUCCAUUUUUAGAUAGUUUUAUCAUCUUUGAAGAGCCAAGAGCCACAUCUGUCUGGAAAAACUCCCCCAAAAUCUGUAACUCAAGGAAGCCCUUAAAUGAUAUUUCCUGCCCUAGUCAGUUAACCUCUUGAUAUAACCAGGAUGCCUGAUUCAGUUGGCUGCCUCUAACAAACCUUUUAUAGUCUUGUAAGUGCUGUUCUGCUUUCUUAUUUGUAAUAUUAUUCGGUCUUGUACAAAAUGGCAGUGUCACACACUCUCUACCGUUCUCAUUUCUGUGUAUGCUUUGUCCCUUAUUGUCUUGUUCUUUCUACUUGUUUUGUCAAAAUAGUGCUAAGUUAAUGAAUCUGCUGUUUUGUAUGGUAUUUCUGUUGACUAUUUAAACUUACUCUCCUGCACAGUGGACUGUUUAGCUGAUUUGUUGUCCUAACAAAAGAUAUGUCAUGAAAGUGGUUAGCACAGUCCCCUGAUUAUUCCUUCCAAUCCUAGGUGGUGAUGGACUUUUGAAUAUGGGUGGUACCCUGGACAUCUAGUGACAGUCUGUGUAUCUUCUCUAAAACUGCUACAGCUGCAUUUUCUGCUUAUUUGACCCCUUUUGAUUUGGGGACAGAGACCUGCCUUCCCAAGGCACAUCCUCUACAUGUGUGCAGCCUUGACUACAGGUCCAGUUUUGAUCUUCUCCCCAUUGUGUUGUAAACCUGUGGAUGAUGAAGAGUGCAGUCCCUUGCAGGGUCUACAUUUUAUCUUGUGGUUUAUUUUAUGGUGCCAGUGAACCUAUCUGCAGCAUCAAUUUAAAAAAAUGUGGAAGUAUAUCUGCUGUCUAAUUUUGUAGGUACUUAAGCAGUGAUCAUUUUAAAACAGCAUAUAAUCAGUAACAGAUAAUUUAACGAAGUGCAUUUAUGUACCCUCAUGUUUGACAGUCAUUGAGUCUAAUAGAGUAUGAAUAAGGUAAAACAAUAUUGUAUAUUCUUAUAUAAAAUGUGGAAUUAUUUAUUAAACAUUAAUGUGUAACAGAAGAUACACUAAGUGUUAAAAACCUUCCAGAUGUUCUAUUUUCUUAGAAUGUUUUAUUUGAAUAAAACAGUUUUAGACCAGAUCAGUUACCUUCUGGUCCAAACCACACUCUGUGGAGUUGGAAAAGGGACAAAGAAAUGAAUACUUCAGGAAUACUUAAAUAUUAAAUAAAUCAGUUAACCUUAAUUUGUGGAUAAAGUGUCAUUAGUCUAACAAUUUCUUGUCCCCAUAUUAUACUCUGAAAUCUGAAAAUGUAUGGAUGCACUAAAGAUAGUGCAACAGCAUUCAGGGUGAAGAGAAAGUUGCAAACUACUGUAAUGGUUUUAGAUAAAUGGUUUCUUGUCUAGAUGGCAAAAAGGUACCAUGUGAAUAAGUGGUUAUAAUGUGUGGUCCAUUAAUAAAAUAAUUUCCACCA